AUGAGGGGGAGACCAGAGAGGAAGGGUAUUCGGAACAGGGGUAACCAUUUCGAGCAGAAGGGGAAGCUGAACGACGAGGCAUUAGCGAGCAAGUUGUUUGACUUGUUGAAACUUGAAAAGUGUUUGGUAAUACUGGAUGAUGUUUGGAGCACCAAGGCUUGGGAUCGCCUCAAACCUGCGUUUCCAUCUGCAGCGGACCAUAGCAAUAGUAAGAUAUUGCUCUCCUCUCGAACAGAAACGAUAAUUUCCCAUGCAGAUGCAAGCGUUUAUUUGUAUAAGUUGCCAAUUUUGAACCCUCAAGAAAGUUGGGAAUUGUUCGAAAAGAUUGCGUUUCCUCCAUCAGAUUCUACAGUUGAUGAUAAGAAAAAGAAGUUGGGAAAAGUAAUGGUUGAACAAUGUGGAGGGUUGCUAUUAGCCAUAGUUGUGUUGGGAGGAAUUUUGGCUACAAAAAGCUCAUUGAAUGAAUGGGAUAGAGUGAGUGAAAAUGUUAAAUCAUACUUGAACAGAAGCAAAGUCGAAGGCCAAGGAACUAUGGAAGUGUUAGCAUUAAGUUAUGAUGACUUACCUGCCCAUUUAAGAUCCUGUUUUCUUUAUUUAAGUCAUUUCCCAGAGGAUUAUGUGAUACGUGUGUAUAGACUAAUUCAGUUAUGGGUUGCUGAAGGUAUAGUUUCAUCAAAGGAAGAAGGAGACGGGGAGUGGGGAGUCGCAGAAGAUGUGGCAGAGCAUUACUUAGCGGAGCUUGCGGAAAGGUGCAUGAUUCAAGUACGAAGCAGAGACGUUGUAACCUCAAAGGUCGAAACAAUUCAGAUGCAUGACCUAAUAAGAGACCUUUGCCUGUCAAAGGCAAAAGAAGAGAACUUCGUCUUCAUUGUAGAUAAGUCAAAUGCAUUCUCGUUGUCCACAAUUCGAAAGGUUCGCAGAGUUUCUAUGCAUGAGAUCUUUGAGACAAAGUACAAUAGAUGUCCAAAUCUUCGAUCACUUUCCUUCUUUAAUUCAAGGAAGCUAAGAGAGUUAUUUUAUGUAGAAACACCUUUGGCCUGUAUAGUAGGUCCAUUCAGUCCGCUGCGUUGUUUUUGGGAUAUUUGGGCUGCAUAUAUUAGUUUUCUAAAAGCUCGGGGAUUUUGGGUACAUAUAUUCAUCAAUUUGAAAUUGCUCAGAGUUCUAAACUAUGAAGGAGAGCUGGCAUUUAUGAAUUGCAAGUUAAUCGGUGAUAUUGGGAAUCUCAUUCAUUUAAGAUUCUCUAGUCUAAACAGACUCAUACUCGGUAAAAAAUUGCCAUCAUCUCUGGGAAACUUAAGAUGCUUGCAAACCUUGGAUUUACGAACCGGUUCAUAUGCUUAUCCCCACGUUCCUGAUGUGUUAUGGAGGAUGGAACAACUAAGACAUCUAUAUCUCCCUGACGAAUGUGAUACCAAAACAAAGUUGAGGUUGGAUACUUUGAGAAACCUCCUCACACUAGAGAACUUCAACACCAAGAAUUGUUAUCUGAAGGAUCUUGUCAACAUGACAAAGCUUAGAGAGUUUGUGAUUCAAGGGCCUUUCGAGAUUGUAGAUUUUAAAGAGAAGGCGUUGGACAAGAAUCCACCCAUAAUCCGAAGUAAAUAUCUUCACACCUUGGCUAUUACCAGUUGGAGUAUAGAUCCAAGACAUUUGGCACACCUCCUCUCAAGCUGCGGUAGCAUUUGUAAGUUGAUAAUAUAUGCGGUGAUAAGUAAGUUGCCAGAGCACCACUACUUGUCUUCAAAUCUUGCUUACAUACUCUUGAGACGUUGCAAGCUUCAGGAAGAUCCAAUGCCAACACUAGAGAAGCUGCCUAACUUAAGGUUUCUUGAGUUCACUUCUAAUUCUUUCAUUGGAAAUCAAAUGUGUUGCUCUGCACAAGGUUUUCCUAAACUGGAGUCUUUGAGCCUUUGUGGUCUUGAGAAGCUGAAGCAGUGGAAGGUGGAUAAAGGAGCCAUGCCUUGUCUUCGACGAUUGGAGAUUGGAUCCUGUGAAAAGUUAGAGAUGCUUCCAGCUGAAUUGAGGUUCAUUACAACCCUACAAGAACUGGAGACUAAAAAAAUGCCAAAGAAAUUCCUUGAUAAAGUGGUGCAAGGAGGACAAGAUUCCGACAAAGUCCAAAAUUUUUGGUCAAACUCCAGGACAUACAAACGGCGAUAUACCACUAACUCAGAGGUAAUUUCUAAAUCUUUGUUAUAG